AUACAUUAACACGAAUAAAUUUUCAUGUGUCAGUGUUUAGUUCCACGCUUAUGCUUAUGCGUGACAGUAGUUUGUUUAACAUACUGUAUAUUCAAUAGCCUUUAUUUAUUGUGCCGGCUGUUACUGUCUAAUUAUUGUAUUUUAUUAUAAAAUAUUAUUUAAUAAUUAAUACUUAACAAUGGUAACAAUAAAAGCACGUAAAAGUUCAAAUAAAAAUCCACCAAUUUUAAGUCAUGAAUUUAUCAUUCAAAAUCAUGCUGACAUCGUGUCAUGUGUGGCUAUGGUCUUCGUUAUUGGUCUUAUGGUUCAGAUAACUUCACCAUGGGCUUACAUAUUUAUUGCACUCCAACACAAUGUUUCGAUGACAGAAGAAGUAGAUGCUCCUUGGCAGCCAGUUAAAUUUACAACUGGUUGGAAAGAUGCUUGUGCUGUAUUCUUCUAUUUUCUUAUUACAAUUGUUAUGCAUGCUGUUGUUCAAGAAUAUAUUUUGGAUAAAAUUUCAAAAAAAUUACAUCUCAGCAAAAUAAAACUAUCCAAGUUCAAUGUAUCAAGUCAGUUAUUGGUAUUUUAUGUAUUAUCUUCAGUAUGGGGUAUCGAUAUUAUAAUGAGAGACAACUUGUUGCUGGAAUUCCCAUCACUUUGGCAAUCAUAUCCAUUGCCAAUGUCAUUUUUAUUGAAACUUUUCUUCAUAGUACAAUUGGCUUACUGGUUACAUACUUAUCCUGAACUAUAUUUCCAACGUACUAAACGUGAAGAAAUUCCAUCUCGAAUUGUCCAUGCUACUAUUGGUUUAUUUUUCACACUCGCUGGUUACAUUUUCAAUUUCCAACAUAUAACUGUUAUUCUGCUAGUUAUUCAUUAUAUUGGAGACGCACUUCAACAUACUGCACGUUGGGUUCAUAUUGUUUAUCGUAAAGAAUCAAGAACUCGUCUUACAUUUACAAUUGCAAAUUACGUAUAUAUUAUAACCAGGUUCAUUACAUUGGCUGUUGCUGGUCUUUUCUACGUAUAUGGAUUAAGUCAAAUUGAUUCUUUAUUGGAUUAUAAAACUGGUCACUUUAAUAUUCCAGCAAUUCGUUUCUCUGCAUUUGGUCUUGUGGCUUUGUUCCAAGCCUAUCUUCUUUAUGAAUUUGUAAAACGUCAGAGACAGCGUACAAGCGAAACAAGUGCACCUGCUGUACAUUCUAAGACGAAACCUAAACAACAAAAAUUAAAAAAAAAAGAUGGUAAAAAAGCAACAGCCUCAGAAGAUGAUGAUCUCCCAGAAGUAGACCAAGAAACAAAAAAAAAUCUAAGAUCUCGAUCAGCGACAAAAGCUAAAUAAUAAAUUAAUUUUUAAUAUAAUAUAUUAUUGAUUAAGGCUGAUUAUCAAGUGGCUUCCGGUUGCUGUAAUUAAACACUCUUAAAUUAUAAAAAUGAAAGAUCACUUUAUAGAUUAUGAAUUUUAUAAAUUUUAAUAAUUAUUUUAAAAAUGAAUAUAUUUAUUUUAAACAAAAAAUACAAUU